UGUCAAAAAAAAAAUUCUAUUGUAUUGUUGUUGUUUGUUACCACUUACGAGACUAACACUGUGUAACAAAAUUAAAAAUGAUUAAUUCUAUUAGAAAUACUAUCUUUAGGUCCGUGUGUAGUUCUUUCCGUUUAUUUAAUACAUCAACAGCUUUAGGAACGGAACGGUUUGACCAUAAAAGAAUACCCGCCGAUGAUGAAGGAGUGCAAGGUGAAAAAAUAAUUGAUCUGGACUCUGUAUUGAAGCAGAAGAAAAAUCUGUUUCCCACGCUUGAUUCGGAUAAUAACUUGUAUGAUGGAGUUCCAUAUAAAUCAUUGCCAAUCUGCAAUGUACGUGUUUCUCAAAAUAAUACCAUAUUUACUAUAACGGAUGCGGAAGGCAGUGUAAAAUUGAUUAGAUCUUGUGGCAUUGAUGGGUUCAAAAACACAAAGAAAGGAACCAACAUUGCUGCACAAACUACAGCAAUUAGCAUUGCAACAAAAGCAAUUGAUAGAGGGUUCAGAACAAUAAGAGUACGAGUUCGAGGCCUAGGACCUGGAAGAUUGUCUGCUGUAAAGGGAUUACAAAUGGGUGGGUUGCAGAUUGUGUCAGUAACAGAUGCUACUCAUGUUUCAUGGAAUCCACCGAGGCCCAGAAAAGCUCGAAGAUUAUAAAUUUAUCAGAUAUUAUAGAGCUACAGUUAAUUAGUUACUAUUAAAGUCAAUAAAAAACUUUUUUCACUAAA